CUUGUAUUAUGUUCUUAUUAUUAGGCUCUUUCCAACUGCAAAAAAAAGAAAAAGAAAAAAUCAAACAUUAAGUUGCUUAGCAAAAAUAAUAAUAUGUCUCACUUGGCCCUUUUAUUGAUUGUUAUUACUUUUUUUUGAUGAAUUAUUGAUCGUUAUUACUUUUUUAAUACUUCAUUAAGCAUUCUCUCUCUACUUCUCUCUCUCUCUCUCUCUCUCUCUCUCUAAUUGAAUGUCAGAAAAGACCUGUUAUUCGAGUCAUGAAGUAUUACAAGUUCUCUAUAAGUUUUACAAGUUCUCUAUAAUAUGUUCUUUCUAAGAACAAAGAAGCAGUCAAGCUAGUUUGAGUGGAAAAAGCCUCGGAUUGCAGUUUCCAGACUAGGAACAACGAAAACCCAGUUUCAACAGAGUUCUCUUUCAUGGAGAGUGUGACUUCUGGCUGUUCAGUUUCUGCCCCACAAGAAGCUUCCCACCAGGAUGAACUCUUCAUGCAGCAGAGCAUUCUAUUUUCAGAGAGUUUGAAUGAAUUGAAGAAUCUGAGAAAACAGUUGCAUUCAGCAGCAGAGUACUUUGAAUUAUCCUACAGAAAAGAAGAAAAUAGAAGUAUGGUGGUGACCACCGUGAAGGAUUAUACCAUCAAAGCCUUAAUCAAUACAGUAGAUCACUUGGGUUCUAUAGCAUAUAAGGUCAAUGAUUGUUUGGAUGAAAAAAUUGGUGAAGUUUCAGGAGUGGAGCUUAGGUUAUGUUGCAUUGAACAGAGACUUCGGACAUGCAAAGAAUUCAUUGCUGGUGGAGGCCUUUUCGAACAAUCUUUAGCGCUAAGUUUCUCCAAGCACCAUAAGCGUUACAUCUUUCCAGCUGGAGCAACCAUGGAUGUUGUUGGCCAGUCUAUAUAUCACAGUGUUGAAGAGGAGUUGAGCCAAUUUAUUAAUGGAACAAGGGAGACCUCUCCAACAAUAGUCAGUGAAGAACAUCCUGCAUCAUACUCUCCACAAUCUUCACUCGGAAACUUUCAGUUUUCAAGAACUGGAUCAAGACAAGAGAGGCGUGUGCUCUCACCUCAACAGUUUCCAUUCAUGCGUUCUGGUUCUCAUAUUAUUCAGAGAUCAAGUACCAUAAACUUCUCUACUUCUAAACAGAGGUAUCCACCAGGUCCACGGAGAUCGGUUUCAGUGUCUAUUCCUGGUGAAAGAGACAGAGAAAAAGAAAGUGAACAACAUUAUAGCAAAGACAAACGGUUGUUUAAGGCCUUGCUCAGCAUGCGCAAGUCAAGAAAGGAUGUCAUCUAACGCCAAUAAACAGAUGAGAACUGAAAAGAGGACUAAGCAGAAGGUGGUCAUGUUUGCAUCACUGCUUCCCAUAAUUUUAGGUUCACAAAAUAUAAACUUGGUGGGUAAUUUCUUUCUUACUCGAAGGAGAGAGAGAGAGAGAGAGAGAAAUGAAUAGAAAGAUUGCCAUAAAAAAUAAGUAAAUGAAAGGAGAAUGUUUGUACCAUACAGUUAAACCCGUUCUUGGAGCUUCCCUUCUUGUAAGAGUUUGAGUAACAUUUUCUAUUUGCUUUGGAGUGAAUUAUUUAUCAAACGUUUCAGUGAUUGUGAACUUUAUAAAUCUUAAAGUGAUAAUGAUGUUUCGUAUAAAUGGAAAAGUUGUUAUUCAUGGGUGUUUAUCAAAUGAAGAAAGAUGAGAAUUUGAUGGUG